AUGUCCUCCCUACUCGGUGCACUUGGUAACACCGUCUCCGAUCUUGGUACCGCCCUCGGCGGCGGCGUAGCAAGCGUCGGCAGCGCCGCUGGCUCUGGCCUAUCUGGCACAACACAAGGCCUCUCUGACCUUGGGCGUAACACCGAUCGAGGUGUACUCGGAGGACAAGGGCUGUCGGCGUUGGGCAAUGGACGCGAUCUGUCUCAUUGGAUGAGGCAACCCCCUGAGACUGGCAAGACGUCGGAUGACGCCCCGCCCCGUACCUCUUGUAUCAUUCUGCACCUUUCAUUGGACCUCGUCCUGUUGCGUCAAUGUUAA